GACCAGAAGGAGGAGUAGUUAGUGGCAUGUGGGAGGGACACAGCAGGUAGUUGGCCAGGGACUUGCUGCCUCCCUCCUCCUAAUCUCAGGCUGUCAGAAACACAAGAUCCAUGCGGGAAAGCUGUCAUCAACUGGCACCUGAGACUCCAGCUCUGCUAGUGCUGCAUCCCCAGCCCUGCAAGUGAGGUGCUCACUCUACCCAGCUGCUCACCUGUGGGGAAGGGAGGCAAGAAAGUGAGCUGCUGUUGACUGAGGACAGAAGAGAUGGGGCCAGGACUGUGAGCUGGAGACCUGCACUGCAGGGACAAGGACCCAAACUAGCAGCUGUGAGAUGCACCAGAACUCAUGUCUGGUAGCAGCUGUGGCUGGAGGUGUGAUAGGAGGCAUCCUUUUAUUCACCCUUAUUGGAAUAGCACUAUAUCUGCUUUGGAAGAAGUUAUGCUUCCUACCUUCUUAUGAAGAACUUGCCAAUCCAGUUACUCCACCAUGUCUGGAGCCCAGUCUACAGGAACAGAAUUUUACCCAAUCAUCUCCUGCAAUUCAACCAAAAAGCACAAGAACUAGAAGUGUUCCAUUCAUCAUUCCACCAAAAAUUCACGCGCGAGACUGGAUUAAUCUGAUAAAUGAAGAGCCGAUUCAGGAGGACAAUGAGCUAUGCAUGACCCCUCAGUCUGGAUCUCGGUCAUCUUUUCAUUCCUUGGCUGGGGCUUAUGUUAUAGGAUCCAUCAAUCCAGAACUGUACAAGGACCCUGAAGACAACAGCGAGACAAACUUCCCUGAGGGCAACAUUGGUCGUCUUUGGUUCUCAGUGGAAUAUGAGCAAGAAACAGAAAGGCUCCUUGUCUCCUUGAUUAAAGCCAGAAACCUUCAGGCCCCUGCAGGUUCCUGUAGUCCCUUUGUAAAAAUCUACCUGUUGCCUGAUGAAAGGCGUUUCCUGCAAUCCAAAACCAAACGCAAAACCCCCAACCCACAUUUUGAUGAAAACUUUGUUUUUCAGGCUUCCAGUAAAACAUUACACCAAAGAACCCUGAAGUUCUUGGUCUUUCACACUGAUAAACAGAAAAGGCACCACCUCCUGGGCCAAGCUAUUUUGCCUUUGAAAAAUGAAACACUAACUAGUGACAGCAAACUGGUCAUUUGGAGAGAUCUGGAGGCAGAAAACCUAGAGCCCCCUUCAGAGUAUGGAGAUAUCCAGUUCUCCCUCAGCUAUAAUGACUACCUGGGACGUCUCACUGUGGUGGUGCUAAGAGCAAGGGGAUUGAAGCUACAAGAUGAGAGCCUUACUACCAGUGUGUAUGUCAAAGUGUCACUGAUGAACCACAAUAAAUUCAUCAAGUGUAAAAAGACAGCAGCUGUUCUAGGAUCCCCCAAUCCAGUGUAUAAUGAAUCCUUCAGCUUCAAGACAGACCAGAAAGAGCUGGAUACAGCAAGCCUGAGCCUGUCUGUGCUUCAGAAAGCUGAGGGUGACAAAAGCCACCAACUAGGACGUGUAGUGGUUGGGCCCUAUAUGUACACUAGGGGCAGAGAGCUGGAACACUGGAAUGAAAUGACCAGCAAACCUAAGGAGCUGGUUAAAAGAUGGCAUGCUCUUGCUGCAGCACCUAAUUAAACAACUGGUCCCUCUGCAUGGCAGUCAAAGGACAGAGACCUCCUAUAACACACAAAAGUGCUGAUAUGCUUUCUAAUCCAAAGACAGGGGCACAAAAUGGUCCCACCAUUUAACCUCUUCCUCCAGCUGACAACUUUACAUUUAACCUCCUCUUACAUGCACACAACAUAGUUGGCUGCUAAAUUGUUUCUCUCUUCCUCCAAAAUUAUUUUUCAAUUCUCUUUAAUUAUGUACAAUAGAGCAAACGAAACAAAGAUAAGCUUGAGUAUAGUAAUCCUAUAUCCAGUAAUUUGGGCUACUGAUCCUGCCUGCUGGUCACUACAUUUUCAUGUAGCUGGAAUGUAAAACAAGUUAGGAAUUGGGCCUAAUAGACCUCUGCAUUAUCCCUGUGCUAGGCCAAGGCAACUUCACUAAAAUUAAUAUAGGUACUUUGGCACUAAAUUGGAGUAACACACUGAUCAAUUGGGCCUAAACUAUGUUGGCUGAAUACUAUAUGUAAUGCAAACACUAUGUUACUUAGAAUGACUGUACUGUAAAUUUGAAUGGGAGUAAGAUAAUAUUCAGAACAACCAUUAGCACAAUUAUGUGCAUCUCAAGAUAACUGUACUUAUCUCAGUUUAGCUGAACGUCUCCAACUGGCUCAAAUUAAAACAUUGACUUUCUGGUAAAACUGAAAGACAAAAGGAGAAGGUACUGAAAAUGUUGGCUAAAAUUCUCAUAUUAAAAUCUCUUUCUAGCUUGAACUCUGAUGAAUGAAAGAAAUAGUUUUAGUGGAAAAGUAAGAUGGAACAAUUAUUUUUAAUCAGUGUAAAAUAAACAGGACAUCCUCUUCCCUCCUUGACUGCUCAUUCAGAGCUUGACCCUAGGACCUUUCACACCCGAAACAACGAUUAUAAAUCAGAUCAACUAACUUCCUUUUAAUGAAUCAUUUAGUACUUUGUUCCAAUCAGUAUUGUAAAUCUUUAUAGUAGAUAUAAAACAGGCUUCCUUUCAAACAGGAUGCACCAUUAAUUAGCUUAAUACAUUAAGCAAAACAUCUCCUGAGAAACUAAAGCACUUUUUCUUUUGAAAACAUUGCUCCUGUUUGCAGAAGGUACUGUGUGUUGGAAUAUCUCUGAGACGGGCAGUAGUACAGUAUGUUCAAAUCUGGUCUCCCAAGAGAAAUAUAUGACCUUCUCUCAUACUACAUGGUUUGUUAUAAAUCAAAGUGUACAAAAAAGGUCCAUGUCUUAGAUGUUGGGAGGGCACACUGAAUUUGUUAUGUGAGGAACCUUAUAAAAUACCUGACACCAUACUUUCUUUCCCUUGAAUUAAUGCUAUCAAGCAACAAAAACAUGUCAUAGAUCUGGUUUUCCCAGUUUACUCCUCAAAACUGUUUAAAACAGUUUAUUAUUUAUACGGUUUGUCUGGUUUGGGAAGCAAAAUGAUAUCUAAAUGUGUGUUAGCUAAAUUAAUGCAACAAUGCAAUUGUAGUGACCACUAUUUUUACAGUGUGGCACCUUUAAGAUAAAAGACAACUUAUCUGAUAAAGGUGAACAAUAAAUUAUGUUUCCUGCACAAGUGCAGGGGGGCUGGACUCGAUCUGUAAGGUCCCUUCCAGCCCCUAAUAUCUAUGAAACUGUGUGUCAGUCAUGCUGGUGUUACUAGACUGUGUGUAGCUUCAAUUAGUAAUGUAUUAUUUCUGUUAAUUAAAAUGCUACUAAAACUAGAAAACAAGGGAUUUUUGGUCCUUUGCUUGUACUUGUCAGGUUGACAGUGCAUCCCUUUCUGUCUCAAUAAACAGUGUAUAAUAUGCAAUAAAAAGGAAGCAGCAUUA